GUCCCCACUGCAGCUGACGUGUCUCUUACCGAGGAGAGGACUGGAGCAGGGUGGAAUGGCGAGAAGGCAAACUGGUACCAUGGGCACAUCCAUCUUCCCGUGCCUCUUUGUUAUCCUGCUUACCAGGUGCUCCCCAGUGGGGUGUGCUGGAGGGAGUGACUCUGCAUCCCACAGCACAGGCAGCACCACAGAGAAACCUAUCCUGUUAAACAACAUCGCUGAUGCAGAAGCCUUCGUCAGUAGUGCGGAGGUGGCAGUCAUUGGAUUCUUCCAGGACCCGCAGAGCCCCGAAGCGGACCAGUAUCGCCUGGCGGCCGGGCAGGUGCCGGAGGUGCCGUUCGGGCUCAGCAUCAGCGACGCCGUCCUGUCCCACUACGGCGUCUCGGCGAGCACGGUCGCGCUGUUCCGCACGGUCGACAACGACCGGCGGGAUCUGGAUAUGAACAGCAGAGAGGUUGAUGCCAAGAAGCUGAUUCGCUUUGUUCGGAUGAACGAGCUCCGCCUGGUGACAGAGUACGACCCCGUGACAGCAAUAGGUGUGAUGCAGAGUUCAGUCCAGUUUAACCUCCUCCUGAUCACAGACAAGAUGUCUCCAAAGCAUCCCGAGCGAAUGCGCAAGUUCCGGGCGGCAGCAGAGCUCUACAAGGGGAAGAUUCUCUUUAUCCUCUUAGACAGCAAUUUGAAGAGCAAUGAACGAGUAUUGUCAUACUUCCAACUGAAGAAGUCCCAGCUGCCAGCUCUGGCUGUAUUCCACACACCAGAUGAUGAGCACGACGUGUUGACUGUGGAUGAAAUCUCCAUUGAGCGUGUACAGGACUUCUGUAAUCGUUUUCUACAAAGAAUGCAAAAGAAAGAAGACGAGUCUGAGGAGAAGCCCCCCAAUGAAGAACUCUGAUUCUUUCUCAGCCAAGAGGACGACUGUAGCCAGAGUCUGUUUCUGGUGUAUGAAGAGUACAUUCUGCCCUUUCAGAGCUCAGCAAUUGCUGAGCCAAGUCAGUCAUGGAUUCCCAUCAUCAUUCUGUGUACAUACAUGCUGUCUGUCUCCCCAGCAAGCUCUUCUCUCUUAUCUCUUCUAAUUUGCUGGCUCCACAUCUCUUUUUUCAGUACUUCAGGACCUCUGGUACAAUAUGUCUUUCCGUGCCACUCUAUUGGAGAAAAGGGUGGCAUAGUGAAAUGGCAAUAUCUGAGGUAAAGCUAGUAAUUCCCAGGGAUCUGUUUCUCUCAUUCUUUUGGGUUUUGGUGCCAUGCUGGGAUCCACUGUCAGCCUUUCCUGAUACUACAAACAGAUUCGUUGCUUGAUAUCACAUGAAAUUUUCCAUUUAUUUUACUAAAUAAAACAGUAAGUGAAUGGCCUGAA